AGUACCUCGAAGUAUUGUUGUCCCCAAGGCUGUCCCUUCAAAAUCAUUUUUGUGGCGGCAGAUUUAACACAGACUCAGCGCUCCUCCAGCCUCCUCUAAACUAGUAUUGUCUCUUUUUUGGGAGCGACGAGAACGGGCCCCAUGUGACUUAAAAUGGUUUGCUGUGGCAGUUAAACCGCCGCUAUCCCCAGCUUUUCGGGUCGGAGCGUACCACCUGGUUCAUGGCCUUGCUCAGCGUUGCAGUUGGAGGACCUCGCCAGCGCCCCUGACGGCCGCGUCAUUCACCGCGAGUCGGCGACCGGAGAUGGAGAGGGUCAUGUGCUCUGCGACUCAUCUGGUCCUGCUCACCCUCUGGGCUUCGGCCCAUGGGACCAGAAAAUUCGGACCCGGUGUCGAACUAGUGGCCAACGCCCAGAGCAAAUUUGGCAUGGAUAUGUUUCAGGCGCUGACGAUCCACGACAACUCAUCGAACAUCUUUUUCUCACCGACGAGCAUCAGCACCGCCCUGGCGCUGGUUUACGCGGGCAGCGGCGGCAAAACCGCCCAGCAGAUGGCGGCCGUGCUCCACUUCGAGAGUGGCGAGAGACGCGACUUCAUGCACGGCCACAGACGCUACCUGCGCAGGAUCACGGGCCGCUCGAAAGAAGGUGUCACUGUGAAGAUCGCCAACAACCUCUACGUCUCUUUGAGCCGGCCUGUGAUGCCCAAGUACGUCCGGUUCGCAAAAAACAUGUUCGGCGCCGAUGUCUCGUCGGUCGACUUCGGCGGGAGCCCUGCCGCUGCCGCUGACCUCAUCAACACGAGGGUGCGCAACGACACUGAGGGCAACAUCGACAACCUGGUGGAAGAGGACGCACUGGACGAAGGGACGGUGUUUGUCGUGGUGAACGCCGUCUACUUCAAGGGCAGCUGGCUGCUUAAGUUCAACGAGAGCGACACGGCACCCGGCCAGUUCCACGCCGCCGACGGCCCGCGGUCGGUCGACAUGAUGACGGCGACCAAGCUUUUCCCCACCGCGUCCCUGCCAGGGCUCGACGCUCGGGCCCUGAUGCUGCCGUACCAGGGCGAAGAACUCGGCAUGCUGAUUUUGCUUCCGAACGAGCUGAACGGCAUCUACGAGCUGGAGGCACUGGUGGACCACGCUACGCUGGUUACGGCCAGGGCCCACCUGAGCGCUCGUGUCGAAGUCCAUGUCCAGCUACCCAAGUUCAACAUGGAAGCUGAGAUUGACCUCAGUGUAAUCCUAAAGGAGAUGGGCGUGACCGACCUCUUCGACCCGUCACGUGCAGACCUCAGCGGCAUCACCGGCGAGACCGGCAUGGCCAUCAGCAAGGCCGUGCACAAGGCGUUUGUUAACGUCAACGAGGAAGGCACUGAGGCGGCCGCCGCAACAGCCUUCGCGUGCUGCUUCCGCAGCGCCCCGCCCAUCGUCCCGCCCUUCAUCGUCGACCGGCCCUUCAUCUUCGCCAUCAUGGACCUGCAGCUGGACUCGGUGCUGUUCAUGGGCCGCGUCAUGAGCUUGGGCUCGGCCCGCCCCAGCGAGGCGCCGCCGCAGUAGGCCGACCGCACCCGGCGCGAGUGCAGCGCCGCUUCGGCGCCACCGGUGAACUGUCAGGACAUUACAGAGUUGACGCCGGCCUUCUCGGCCCCUUGCUGCGCGAGACGACGGCGCACACCAGUGUGCACCCGCAGGACACCCCGCUAUCGCGUGACCUGGGUCCAGACCAUCUGUGCACCACAGGCUUGCCCACUGCUGGGUCGAGCGAUGCUCGCUCGCACGUCAGCAACGUCGACAGCUUGCCGGAAAAAUCAAAUCUGAGUGUGGAAGCUGCCUGCUGCAAAAACAACGGCGCCCAAACCUCUUAGAUCACAUUUUCUGGGUGUUCACCAGUGAUUUAGGGCAUGCAGACCGCGGUUGUGAUUUGUCUCGCGCUGGCGAAAACUGUUCAUCAAAUCCACAGAUUUGAUGAAUCUUCAAUUCAAAGAUAUACCCGAGCAAACGAUUUCAAACUGCACUGCACUGUACAGCACGCGCACUGUGUGAAGUGCGCGGUCGUGCGUGUAACCAAGCCUGCUCAUGACUGCGAGCCGGGAGAAAAACAGCGUGUCGGAUCGAGCGUUUAUUUUACGGACACCGAGGUCGUCUCGAGAAUAUACCACAGGGUUCGCUUGGAAAGACGUAACUGAGAGCUCCCAAGAUGGCGCAGAUGGAGACCAAGCACGUAACGAUGUACCGAUGCUGGUGAUGCGCUUCUGCCUCAACAGCGAGGUGAUUACUUCUCCGUCUCCCUCCUCACCCUGGCGGUUGCGUCGUCAUACUGAGGCAUACGAUCCGUGAAACACCAUCUACCGAGUCACAAAAACGCGCCGAGCUCCUAGAACGCGCCUCCCCCCCCC